GAGGCGGGGGCCGACGGGACUGCGGAGGAGCGCCGCGAGCCCACCCGCUGCAGGAGAGAGCGCGGCAUGGCGGCGCGCGGGGCCUCGCGGCCGGCAUGGUGCCUGCGGCGGGUCGGGGCGGGCGGCGGCUGGCUGCUGCUGGAGGCCGGCACGCAGGUAACUGUAGGUCGAGGAUUAGAUCUCACGUACCAGCUGGUGUCAAAGACCUGUCCCUUGAUGAUUUCUCGUAAGCACUGUGUUUUCCAGCAAAAUGCAGAAGGGCAGUGGACUGUUAAGGAUAAUAAGAGUCUAAAUGGAGUUUGGCUUAAUAAACAGCGUCUGGAUCCUUCAAAAACCUAUCCUAUAGCAGAAGGAGACCGCAUCCAGUUGGGAGUGCCUUUGGAAAACAGAGAGACUGCUGAAUAUGAGUAUGAAGUAAUUAAAGAGGAGUGGGAGAAAAUCAGACCCUUUUUAGCCCAAAGGAGUGACCUGGGGAAAGCUAAGACCUCAAGAUCUAAACGUAAAUUUACUUUGGAGGAAUCGGAGACAUCUGGAUCAGAAGGCCCUUCAAAUUCCAGAUCCAAAAGAGACAGAGUGUCAUGUGGUGGUGAACCUUUGAGUAAUCCAUUGGGAAGAGUAGGAGAGGCAAAACAGUUGACAGACAGGAUGGACGUCAGGCUGCCCUCUCCUGGAUCAAGUGAGGACGAUGGCGGUCCAGCGCGUGGUAGCCCUGAUCGCGCUGAGAAAGCUGUGGCUGUUGCUCACCAGGACCAGAAACGCUCUGCACUUUCUCAGUCGUGGACUGGCCUGGAAAAGCUGAGGAAAACUCUCAUAGAUAUAAAGAAGUUAAAAGUCAAAGUGCAGGAGAAGCAGACAGCAGUUCUGAAUGCAAAGCAGAAGCGCAGGAAGGCUGCUCAGAAGACGAUCCUAGCAAUGGAAAAGGAGCUGCAAGAGCUGCAGGACAAGCUAUGCACAGAACAAGUGCAGCAUCAGCAGCAGGUGGAAGAGCUGGAGAGGACAUUCUCUAAAGAGCAGCAGAAGCUGGAGGGAGUAAAGUGGCAAGAUGGGGGAGAGAAUCUGAAGGAGCAGCUGGCCCAGGUUCUGCAAGAGCAUCAUGCUCUGAUGGAAGAAUUGAGCCGUAGUAAAAAAGAUUUUGAGGAGAUAAUUCGAGCCAAGAAUAAAGAACUGGAGGAAACCAAGGUGGAGAAGGAAAAAGUGAGAGCCCAAAAAGAAGAAGUGUUGAAUCAGAUGAAUGAUGUGUUAGAGAAUGAGCUGCAGUGCACAAUCUGUUCUGAGCACUUCAUAGAGGCAGUCACUCUGAACUGUGCGCACAGCUUCUGCUCCUACUGUAUUGACGAAUGGACGAAACGCAAAGUGGAGUGCCCUAUCUGCAGGCAGGAGAUUAAGUCAAAGACACGCUCUCUGGUGCUGGAUAACUGCAUUGACAGGAUGGUAGAAAAUCUGGAUUUGGAAAUGAAAGAGCAUCGCCUGACCCUGAUCAGAGAGCGGAAAGAGAAACGGAAUGCGUUGGCGAACCGAGCCACGGACAAUGACAGCAGUGUCAUUCCUUCCAUCUGCUCCAUCUUGUCAAUCAGCAGUUGCGACAGUGAGGACUCUGAGGAGGAUUCUUACUAUAAUGAAAGCUACUGCAUUAUCUAAACAGUGUAACCGCAGGCUGGUUUGCCUGCAUGCUGACCAGAAACAACCUAAUGGUAUUUGAUCUACUACUGCUGGAUGAGUGGACUGGACAUCUGGAAGGAGAGAUUCUAUGAAGAAGCUGGAACUGGAGCUGAGAACUAGUAACAUUUAGAAGAAUGACCUUAUUUUUUAAGCGAAUGUACAGAAGCUUGAUCUCUAAAACAAAACUGGGAUUGUGGGAGAACAAACAGCUCUUAUGCUAGAUGGUUGACAUACAAAACCUAGGUUUCCAAGAUCACUUCUGACAUACUCAGUGUGGUGUAAAUAUUUGAAUGCAUCACUGCUGUUUCCUGAGUGAAUGACAUGUUUAAAUGUGUAUACCAGUUUCCCUUCACCCAGCAGGGAGAUUGACAAAAGAUAUUUGAUAACUUGGUCAUUUGCACCAGCUAACAGGAGAGGUUAUAUUAGAAAAACAUACCAACGUGGGGUUUUCCUCUUCACUUCCAUGUCAGCUGGAGUCAUUCUAGGGCUUUCUGGCCAUUAAGUUAAAGGGUGAGUUAUGGACCAUGUCAGCCUUAAGUGCUUAAAUAUAAAGUAAGCUGAGCUGCUGGCUUGUUUGUUUAGUUGAUGUUACUCAUUUUCUAUUGGAUGGGGAUAGAGAAGAUUAAAUCUUCCAGUAUUCCUUAGUUUGUGCUCUUUUCAUACAACAUCUUUGGUUUGUUCCUUGCAUAAAGAGUUUUAGAACUGUGAAACGGCACAUCCUGAAAUUAUUAGUAAUGACUUCAGCAGCAGAGGGGAAUCUUGGCCUCUUUGUUAAGUACUACUACUAGUUGAAUGAAUGAAUGAAAUGUGCUGUUGGUAGUUAAGCAGCAUCUGCAGGCAACCACAAGCAACUAUUUAGUUCUGUUGUUUACAAAAAAUUGCUAUUGAGCUAUGGCUUUGCUACCCUCAGAGCUCUUAACUCAUCUCUAAGACAAAGCAAGUCUUGCCUCAUCCUAUCACAUCUAUGAAGUAAUAUGAAAUUGUCUAUUAAAUUCCAUUUUCAGUGGCGUAUGUUUUUGACUUAGCUCUUACAUGGGCCUGUUAUGUCACUGUUAGAGCAGGAUGAGGGAAGCCCUCAUCUGUAAUAUUUAUUUGGCUGUUUGUACGUACUUUCUUGUUCCUGUGUUUAUUUUGCUGAAGAAGGAAAAUAUAAAUCCAUUUGUGCAUUAGUCUUCCUUGGUACAAGCACUGUCUUUCUCCUAGUUAUCGUUGAAUUUUUCGAGAAAACCCAGAUUGUUUCUUUUUCAUGACUUUGCUUCACGUUUUCAUUGCUGUAAGUAGUUCGACUAUUUUAAAAUUAUUUGAAACACUGUAUGCAGGAAUUGAUAAAAGAUGUCCUAACUCUUCAAGCCUGUGUUAGCAGUGGCUAUCUUACCUGUAAUUUAGAACGUACAAUUGUAUCUCUUAUUUUUUCCUACUAAAGAAAGAUGCCAUUAAAAAAGUGCAUGAAUUAUAAUGCUUUCCUAAGAAAGUAGUGCAUUCUGGCAGGUUUGAGUGAUAGGACUUAAACAAGGGAAAAUUAUCUGAUAUGUGGUCAGGCAACUUUCUUAAAAUCUUAACGUGAGGUUUCUCUGAGCUAUUACCUUUUGAACUUUCCCCAUGGCCUUUUAGUGUUCUAAAAUAUACAGGCUCUUGAAAAUUUCUUUUGUACAUAUGUGCUCUCUAGAAUGUCUGAGAGAAGAGGACUGCACAAAACACUAAUGAAAAACUCUGACAUUGGAGCAGGAGUUCCUGUGGAAGAGAAGUAGGAGGAGAAUGUUCUGGUUGUCUAGGACUAUGAAUUCUUGUACUGUGUACCUCUUCCAUGUUGCUUUGCUUUUUUUAUUUUAUUUUUUAUUUUCCCUGUUUCAUUUUGCUGAAUACAUUUAUUUUCUUAUGUUGGUGUUUAUGCAUAUUUUAGAAAAAGAUGAUUCUUCUGCUAACGGAGUACUUCUUUGGUAUGCUUUGAGAGCAUGCCAUUUUCACUAGAAUAUAGAGAAUAUUCUUCAUAUUCUAGUGAAAGGAGACACCCUACGUAUAAAAGUGGUAUACUUAGCCUUUUAAACUGUUACCAAUAGGUGCACCAAGAUACACAUGGAAUAAUAAACUUUUUCUACUUAUCAAUAGGUACCUAAAUUGUAAAGGUUCAAGGAGAGAGGCUAAGCAAUAAUGCUGCUUACUGGCAAAAGCGUGUCAUUGACAAAAGCAGACCCUUCCUCCCAGUUCUCUAAGUUCCUUGGGAAAACUAUGAUCUGAUACAGAGCUGCUGACUAUACGUAUGGAAGUGAGUUCCAAGUAUUAUAUGAGCUAUGAUGAAGGUACUCCACUAUCCUAUUUGUCGGGAAGAAAACGUGCUAGAACAGUGUUAUUCUGAUAGAGGACAAGUUAAACUGUAGGUAUCUUAAAUUUUUGUAUGCUUCUUGAUACUGCUUCAUAAAGAAGCUGUGGAAAGGUAACCUAAGUGAGACUAUUUGAAGUUUUGUUCACAGCUUAGUGCCUUCAGUGCUGCUGAGUUUUCAGUGGUAAAAAGAUUUAAAGCGCAGAUGUUUCUCUUAUUGACCAUAUAGUUGGCUAUGAUCAGGCAUAUAACAUUUUACACUUCUGCAUUUUUGUAGUUGGACUGAAAAAAUCUGCCAGAUAGCAGUUGCAGAGAAUGGGAUAAGGGAGCUAUUAACUCCAGCAAUAUGCUGCUGCAAAGAUAUGUAUCCAAACAUUUAAAUUAGGGUAAGUCAUAUGUAACAGUAGGUGUUUCCUAAUCUAUUCAGCACUAACAGGACCCCAGCAUAGUAGUGCUGUGCUUGAUCUUAAGGACUGCGCUUCAAGAUGGAUUUGGACCAGCUGGAAAAACAGAAAGAUGUGAAGACUCAGAUACGUGACCUCAUGCAAAAGAUUUAAGAAACUCCAGUUCUCUUUGUCUCUGAAAAAAUAAUAAAAAAAAAAAAGCUGAGGCAGCUGUAA